CGCAUACUCUCCCCCUCACUGCUCUCUGCCCUUUCUUCUCUGAAACCGUAUCGGCAUUAAUUAAGUGGGCAUUGGAUGUGUUUGGGAGCGUGAAGAGAGGCGCUGUGGAUUCUUGCGUGACGAAAUGUGGAACUCCGGCGAGAAUGUGUUCGCAGGAACGGCGUCCUUGAGGGAAGACGAGCGGGUCUCAUUGGAGAGGCUGCCCACGUACGAGCGAGUUCGCCGAGGCAUCUUCAAGGAUUUACGAGGCGAACGGAAAGUGGUGGACGUGAGGGAACUGGACGCGGAGGAGAGGAAGCUGCUCUUGGAAAGAUUGAUGAAGUGGGCGGAUCAUGAUCCCGAAAAAUUGCUCGAUCGGAUUAGACGCCGGUUUGACGCGGUGAGUUUGGGUUUUCCGAAGGUGGAGGUUCGAUUUGAACACUUGACGGUGGAAUGUUUUGUGCACGUAGGAAGCAGAGCGCUGCCCACAAUUCCUAAUUAUAUCUGCAACAUGGCCGAGGCGCUUUUGAGGCAGCUGCGGAUAAGCAGAAGGAAGAGAAGUAAAAUGAGAAUAUUAGGAGACAUCAGUGGAAUAAUCAGGCCUUCGAGACUGACGCUACUAUUGGGUCCACCAAGCUCUGGAAAAACAACUCUACUCCUAGCUCUUGCUGGGAGGCUGGGACCUGGUUUGCAGAUGUCAGGGAGCAUCACAUACAAUGGACAUGGUCUGGAUGAGUUUGUUCCCCAGAAAACAUCUGCUUAUAUUGGCCAACAAGAUUAUCAUGCAGCAGAGAUGACUGUAAGGGAAACACUCAAGUUUGCUGGACGUUGUCAAGGUGUUGGGUUUAAAUAUGAUAUGUUAGUGGAACUUGCUAGAAGAGAAAAGAAAGCUGGUAUAAAACCUGAUGAAGAUCUUGAUAUAUUUAUGAAGUCACUAGCUUUGGCGGGACAGGAAACAAAUCUUGCGGUAGAGUACAUCAUGAAGAUAUUAGGUUUGGACUCUUGUGCUGACACAUUGGUAGGAGAUGAAAUGCUUAAGGGCAUCUCAGGUGGCCAAAAGAAGCGACUUACUACAGGUGAACUCUUAGUAGGCCCAGCGAGAGUGAUGUUCAUGGAUGAGAUAUCCACUGGUCUUGAUAGUUCAACCACUUAUCAGAUUAUCAGAUAUCUUAAGCACUCAACCCAUGCACUUGAUGCAACCACUAUCAUAUCUCUUCUUCAGCCAUCGCCAGAGACAUUUGAGCUGUUUGAUGAUAUCAUUCUUUUGUGUGAGGGUCAGAUUGUGUAUCAAGGCCCUCGUGAAUCUGCUCUUGAAUUUUUCAACUUGAUGGGAUUUACUUGCCCUGAGAGAAAGAAUGUGGCAGAUUUCUUGCAAGAAGUUACAUCUAAAAGGGACCAAGAACAGUAUUGGGCUAUGCUUGACCGCCCUUACCGGUACAUACCUGUUGGCAUGUUUGCACGAGCAUUUCACCUUUAUCGUGAAGGAAAGAAUUUGUAUGAAGACCUGAGUAUUUAUUUCGAUAGACGUUAUAAUCAUCCAGCAGCCUUGGCAACUUAUAGCUAUGGCGCAAAAAGGCGUGAUCUUUUAAAGACCAGCUUCCGGUGGCAGAAGCUGCUAAUGAAACGAAAUUCGUUUAUUUAUGUUUUUAAAUUUGUUCAGCUUCUUUUGGUUGCUUUGAUCACAAUGAGUGUUUUCUUCCGGACAACAACUCAUCACAAUACUAUCGAUGAUGGAGGCAUUUAUCUUGGUGCCCUAUACUUCUCUAUGGUUAUUAUUCUCUUUAAUGGUUUUACGGAGGUGCCAAUGUUGGUCACAAAGCUUCCACUACUUUACAAGCACAGAGACUUGCAUUUUUAUCCUAGCUGGGUUUAUACACUCCCUUCUUGGGUCCUCAGUAUCCCCACUUCCCUCAUGGAGGCUGGAUGCUGGGUGGCAGUCACAUACUAUGCAAUUGGAUUUGAUCCUGCAAUUUCUGGAUUUUUCCAGCAGUUCUUGCUAUAUUUCUGUUUGCACCAGAUGUCUAUAGCUCUUUUUCGUUUGAUAGGAUCCUUGGGCCGGAAUAUGAUAGUAGCCAAUACCUUUGGAUCCUUCGCCAUGUUGGUUGUGAUGGCUCUUGGAGGAUAUAUAAUUUCAAGAGAUCGAAUACCAAUUUGGUGGAUAUGGGGCUUUUGGAUUUCUCCUUUGAUGUAUGCACAAAAUUCCGCUUCUGUAAAUGAGUUUCUUAGACAUUCUUGGGAUAAGAGAAUUGGAAAUCAAUCUAGCUAUCCAUUGGGUGAGGCACUAUUAAGAGAGCGGAGCUUAUAUGCAGAGGGCUAUUGGUAUUGGAUUGGUGUUGGUGCAAUGAUCGGAUACACAGUUCUAUUCAACACGCUAUUCACAAUCUUCUUAGCUUACCUCAAGCCCUUGGGAAGGAAACAAGCUGUAGUCUCAAAGGAGGAGCUGCAAGAGAGAGAAGAGAGAAGGAAAGACAGAAGUGUUCCCAUGAAGCUGAGAGACUACUUGCGUCAAUCAAGAUCAAGUGCAAUAGCUUUUAAGCAAAGGGGAAUGGUUCUCCCAUUUCAACCACUUUCCUUGGCUUUCAGCAAUAUCAAUUACCAUGUGGAUGUCCCUUUGGAAUUGAAACAACAAGGGAUACUGCAAGACAGGCUACAACUGUUAGCUAAUGUUACUGGAGCUUUUAGGCCUGGUGUACUAACAGCAUUGGUUGGAGUAAGUGGUGCUGGAAAAACCACCCUCAUGGAUGUAUUAGGUGGAAGAAAAACAGGCGGCAUCAUAGAAGGGGACAUAUAUAUCUCUGGCUACCCCAAAAGGCAAGACACUUUUGCAAGAAUUUCUGGCUACUGUGAGCAGACUGAUGUUCACUCCCCUUGCUUGACAGUUUUGGAAUCGCUACUGUUCUCUGCAUGGCUUCGAUUACCUUCAGAUGUUAACUUUGAGACAAAAAAGGCUUUUGUUGAAGAGGUAAUGGAGCUUGUAGAGCUUACUUCACUAAGUAGAGCACUUGUUGGUCUACCAGGAAUUGAUGGAUUGUCAACAGAACAACGAAAAAGAUUAACUAUAGCGGUUGAACUAGUUGCUAACCCUUCUAUAGUCUUCAUGGAUGAGCCCACAUCAGCGUUGGAUGCUCGUGCUGCUGCUAUUGUGAUGAGAACUGUGAGAAAUAUAGUAAAUACAGGACGAACUAUUGUCUGCACAAUUCAUCAGCCUAGCAUUGACAUAUUUGAGUCUUUUGAUGAGCUUCUGUUUAUGAAGCGUGGGGGAGAGAUCAUAUAUGCUGGUCCACUUGGCCCUAGGUCAUGUGAGCUAAUCAAGUAUUUUGAGACAAUUGAAGGAGUCCCAAAGAUUAAAACUGGAUAUAAUCCUGCUGCAUGGAUGCUGGAUGUUACUUCUUCAGAAGAAGAAAGCCGUCUGGGAGUGGACUUCGCCGAGAUCUAUCGAAGAUCAAGUUUAUUCCAACGUAACAAAGAACUGGUUGAAAGCCUGAGCAAGCCAAGCAGCGAUUCAGUAGAAUUGCAUUUUCCAACCAAGUAUUGCAGGUCAUUUUUUGACCAGUUUCUAACAUGUCUUUGGAAGCAAAAUCUAUCUUACUGGCGUAACCCACAAUACACUGCUGUGCGCUUCUUCUACACUGUCAUCAUCUCACUGAUGCUUGGGACAAUAUGCUGGAGAUUUGGUGCAAAAAGGGAAACACAGCAAGAUCUAUUCAAUGCCAUGGGGUCUUUGUAUUCAGCAAUCUUGUUCAUUGGCAUCACAAAUGGCACGUCUGUUCAACCUGUUGUUUCUAUUGAAAGAUCUGUUUCGUAUCGAGAAAGAGCUGCAGGGAUGUAUUCAGCCUUCCCAUUUGCAUUUGCUCAGGUUGUUAUUGAGUUUCCUUACGUGUUUGCACAAGCCAUGAUAUACUGCUCAAUAUUCUACUACAUGGCUUCUUUUGACUGGACUGCUGAAAAAUUUAUUUGGUACAUGUAUCUGAUGUAUUUUACCAUGUUGUACUUCACAUUCUAUGGAAUGAUGACCACGGCUCUCACGCCAAAUCAUGAUGUUGCUUCCAUCAUAGCCGCUCCAUUUUAUAUGUUGUGGAACCUUUUCAGUGGUUUUAUGAUCCCUCAUAAGAGAAUCCCUAUAUGGUGGAGAUGGUACUAUUGGGCAAACCCAGUAGCAUGGACACUCUAUGGUCUUGUGAUUUCACAAUAUGGUGAUGAUAAUAAGUUGGUGAGGUUGUCUGAUGGAGACAAAUUUAAGAGUACAAGACAUGUACUUAAUGAUGUUUUUGGGUAUAGGCAUGAUUUCUUAGGCGUUGUUGCUGUCACGGUGGCUGGUUUCUGCACUCUUUUUGCUGUGAUAUUUGCCUUUGCAAUUAAGUUCUUUUGCUUUCAAAGGAGAUGAUGAGAACGAUCUGUUUGCCACCAGCAACUGUACUUUUGAAAUUUUGAAAUAAUAUAUGAAUUUUGUGUA